UCUACAGGAUUAAGUUUGGAAUAAGACACCAUGGAGCUGAGCCAUCGAGCAGGUACAACCACUUUGACCAGGGCCCAUCUGAAUAGCAAGGAAGGCCAGCAGGACACGGACCCCAGGAGAACUGCCCACAGCCCCGUGGAGACCUCCAAGUUCAAGGGCCAGACUCCAGUCUCCCCGCAGGCCUCCCUGAACCAAGAAGGGAGCCCCCAAGGCAGCCCCCAGGGGCAGGCCUACCCGGAGGGGAUACGGUCUCCAUGCUCAGCCAUCAGCAAGGACUCCCCUGGGAUGGACUCACGGCCUGGGUCCAUGAAGAAGGGGGACAACAGAGUCUCCCCAAGGGAGAGCAGGGUCACUUUCCAAGAGGGGGCUCAGCCAUGCGAGGGGCUGAAGGAAGGCCCCAACUCCGGGGCCGAGGGCCAGACGAGCAGCGUCAUCCCUGACAACAUUCGCCACAAGUUUGGGAGUGACGUGGUGGACCAGCUGGUCUCCGAGGAGCAGGCUCGAAAUGCCAUUGGUGAGGCCGUCGAGGGCCAGAAGAGGGCAAGCUCAUGGCCCAGCAGGCGCCAGAGUCCCGCGGAAAUCGCCUCCAUCUUCUCCGACUACUACGAUCUGGGCUAUAACAUGCGGUCAAACUUGUUUCAAGGGGCCUCCGAGGAGAUGAAGAGCCUCAUGAAGGCCUCCUAUACCCCCGAUGUCAUUGAGAAAUCCGUGAGGGACAUCGAGCACUGGCACGGCAGGAAGACGGACGAUCUGGGUCGGUGGCACCGGAAAAACGCCAUGAACAUGAACUUGCAGAAAGCACUGGAGGAGAAAUACGGAGAAAAGAGCAAGGCCUCCAAGUACUAGACGCGACCCAAAGAGGCGCCCUCGACCCAAGAGAAAGUGCUAACGAUAAAGCUAACAAUAAAGACA